AUGUUUUGCUUUGUUUAUGUAGUGCAGGUUGGGAAGGUGGCGUUUGUAGUGCGAAGGGGUGGAGGGUCGUGGCAGUUAGUAUUGGAAAAAGAGUGUGAAAAAGACACGGGUUUUGUUGGUUAUUUACGGAUAUUGACACUGGGCUCUGCCGGGAAGUGGUUAUGGCACAACGUUGAUUUGCUUAUGACGGAGAGAGAGAGAUUCAGCAGAUCGAUAUACAGAAAAAUGCUACUUCCUCCGGAG